AUGCAAUUGGUUGUUCGUUCAUUUGAUACGCGAAUAAUCGACACUUCGACUUGUCGCUCUGCUGCGGAUUUGAAAUGUCUUUUGGCGUCUCAAGAUGGGUUACCAUUGGAAUCAAUCCAGUUGUUCAGUGGUGCUUCUGAACUGGACAAUGCCGCUGAUUUAUCGAACUUAACAGAAAAUUCUGCUAUUGAUGUGAUUGUGCCCAUCCUCGGUGGUAAGGUGCACGGAUCGCUCGCACGUGCUGGUAAAGUUCGUGGUCAGACACCAAAGGUAGAAAAACAGGAUAAGAAGAAGCAGCCAAGGGGUCGGGCAAAACGUCGAAUGCAAUACAACCGUAGAUUUUUCGCUGUUGUUGCAAGCACUGGACUCCGACGACGAGGCCCAAAUUCUAAUUUCAAGCCGACAUAG